AUGGGAGGGUGGCAGGAAUCCACGGAGCAGGAGGAGAAGCUGGAGGACCUCUACGAUGAGCUUGGGAAGAAGUUCCGCGCGUUCGAGCGGGAGCAGGACGCAAAGCAGCAGGAGGCCAUCAUGCUCGACGUCACGCAGAAGCUGCAGCAGGCCAAGGGGCUCAUCAAGGAGUUCGAGCGCGAGGCCCGCCUGGACGGCAUGGCGCCGCAGGCCGUCGCGGAGCGCAAGAAGGCGAUGGUGGGCGAGCUGAACAAGUACAUCAUGAUCAAGAAGACCUCCCAGCAGGCGCUCAGCGCCAAACGAGAGCUCCUGCAGGGCGGCACCGGCGCCACAGGGCCCAGCGACGGCGGAAUGAAGGCGUUCUUCGACCUCACGGACACGCAGGCGAUCAAGGAUGCGUCGAACCAGCAGCUCAUCGCGGGCGGGCGGCACCAGAUGACCGAUAUUGAGAAGCGUUUGGGGCGGAUGGAGCGCGUCGUGGAGGACACGAAGCAAGUGGGCGUGAAGACGGUCGAGGGCAUCGAGGACCAGAACCGCAAGCUCGAGGCCGCGCUGGACGACUUGGAGGAGAUCCACUUCACGCUGAAGAAGGCGAAGCAGCUCCUGCGCGACAUCAUGCGCGGGAUCUACACCGACAAGUGCAUCAUGGCGGUGUUUUGUUUGAUCGUGGUGGGCGUGGUGGUGGCGAUCGCGCUCCGCGUCGCCGGCGUCGCGGACGACAGCCAGGUGCGGAUCCCGGGGUACGAGGACCAGCAGGCGACCGAGGCGCCGGCCGCGGCGACGGAUCCGCCCGCGACGGACGCGCCCGCGACGACGGUGGCCGCGGGCACGGCGACGACGACCGGGCGUCUGGCCAUGUACUUGUGA